GUGUAAGUGUAAGAGAAAAUGUGGAUAAUAGAAUAGGCGGAGUAGGCGGACGAAUAUUCAUUGGUUGAUAUUAAGCAAGCGCUCCGUUUGACGGGUUGCAGUCGAACAUUCAGAGUGUGUUUGUAUCUUUGCCGGCGUGUUUCUUUCUCAAAAUGGCUUUUUCACGAGAAACUGUAUUAUCUUCAGCAGAAGAAUUUCUGAAGUUUGUCAAUGCAAGCCCAUCUCCUUACCAUGCUACUGAUGCAUUGAAAACCAUGUUGAAAGAUGCUGGCUUUGAGGAGUUAAGAGAGAGUAACCAUUGGACUCUGGAAAAUUCUAAGAAAUACUUUCUGACUAGAAAUGAAUCCACACUUAUUGCCUUUGCUGUCGGAGCUCAGUAUAAACCUGGGAAUGGAUUCAGCUUGGUUGGCGCCCACGUUGACAGUCCUUGCCUUAAGGUGAAACCAGUGUCCAGAAAGGAAAGACAUGGCUACUUGACAGUUGGUGUGCAAUGCUAUGGUGGUGGUAUUUGGGCAUCUUGGCUUGAUCGGGAUCUUACUGUAGCUGGUCGAGUAAUGAUUGAUAAUGGCAAAGGACUUGAACACCGUCUGGUGAAUGUGAAGAAACCAAUUCUUCGCAUUCCUCAUCUUGCUAUCCAUCUGCAGAGAGACAUUAAUGACAAACUGACUCUUAACAAAGAGGAUCAUUUGAAUCCAAUCCUAGCCACCAAGGUUCAAGCUCAUUUAAAUGAAGAAAACUCAACCAAGUCAUCAAAGUGUGAGAAGCACCAUUCUGUACUUAUGAAGCUACUUUCUCAAGAAUUGCAAGUUGAGCCAAACCAGAUUAUGGACUUUGAACUUUGUCUUGCAGAUACUCAGCCAGCAGUCAUCGGUGGCAUUUGUGAAGAGUUUAUAUUUUCUCCACGUCUGGAUAACUUGGUGAACUCAUUCUGUGCUUGUAAGGCCCUCAUUGCAUCCUGCCAAGAGAACAGCUUAGCAAAAGAAAAAAAUAUUCGUAUGAUUGCACUCUACGAUAAUGAAGAAGUUGGCUCAGACAGUGCACAAGGAGCAGCUUCUUUACUCACAGAGCUGGUCAUGAGAAGAAUCUGUCAGGGAACUGCGUUGGCUUUUGAAGAGGCUAUACCAAAGUCAUAUCAUCUCAGUGCUGAUCAAGCUCAUGCUGUUCAUCCAAACUAUGGUGAGAAACAUGAAGACCUCCACCAUGUCGAAAUGCAUAAGGGUUAUGUGUUGAAGAUCAAUGCUAAUCAAAGAUAUGCCUCCACAGCUAUCACAUGUGCUAUACUGCGCAAAAUUGCAGCUCAGGCCAAUGUACCACUGCAGGAUUUUGUUAUUCGCAACGAUUCUGUUUGUGGUAGCACCAUAGGACCAAUUUUAUCCCAGAAAAUUGGCAUUCCCACUGUUGAUGUCGGUAGCCCCCAGCUAAGCAUGCACUCAAUCAGGGAACAGUGCUGCACAACAAGUAUUGCACAUGGUAUUGCUCUGUUCGAGGCUUUCUUCAAAAAUUACCCUGAAAUAUUUGACAACAUGAAGUUUUAACCAGUUUUAACAAGCAAUGAUGUUUUUGGCUGCUGGAUGUUUGAUUGUAACAAAUAGAAAUGAAAUUAUAUUUUGUAGUCUUUAAGUCCCAGUUCUUUACAUUGUAUUCAAAUCCUGCCAUGGCCUCGAUUUUUACCUUUUCAUCCUUCCAACACUGAUUGAAAAUAAACUAGCUGUUAAGUAUUGUGGCUGAUAAAAACUGACUGAACUCAACCACUGUCGAGUUUCCAGCCUUGUACAUCUCUGUAAGAAAUUAUCAUAAUUUGUCUGGUGAAUGCUGUUGAGUUAGUGCCAUAGCCAAGGUUCUUAAUAUUACCAAACGUGACAUAUGUGUUAACCCAUUUCCUUUAUGACAUAAUGUUGAUUCAGACAAAUGCAACUCUCUUAUUUCUGUAUAUACAUAUAAACAUAUAUGCACCAUAUGUCUAUAGACAGGGACCUUCUGUAUUUGUACAACAUGUAUCUGUUUGAGUAUAUGUUUGUAAAUAUAUCAAGUCAUUCCAUAAGUAAUGUGUGAAUUUUGGGUAAGGAAAAAAAGUGAUGUUAUUUUACAUUUUACUAAAAUUUAAUCCUGUAUAUAAUUCCCAUCAUUAUCAAUGACUUCCUUCCAUCUACUCAUCAGUUUUUUUAAUCUCAUUGGUAAAAAAAGCUCCUUUGGUUUUGCUGAGAAAGAAGAAGAGAAGUCAGUUUCAACCUCUCUGGAUCUUUCAAGUACUAAUCCAUCUAAGUGAGUCUGUAAGCUUUGAAACAAAUGGUAAUCAGAAGGAGCAAGGUCCAAGGAAUAAUUUUUUUAUUUAUGCACCCUUUUAAAGCCUAGCCAGGCUCAUGGGCCCGGUUUCCCGGUUUCUAUGGCAUAUGUGUUGCCCUCCCCCAGCUGGACGGGAUGCCAGUCCAUCGUAGCUUUACCCAAGUAACAGGAAGAAAGAGUGAGAGAAAGUUAGGGCGAAAGAGUACAACAGGGGUCGCCACCACUCCCUGCCGGAGCCUUGUGGAGAUUUAGGUGUUUUCGCUCAAUAAACAUACACAACGCCCGGUCUGGGAAUCGAAACCGCGAUCCUCCGACCGCGAGUCCACUGCUCUAACCACUGGGCCAUUA